UUGAAUAUAUAAAGCCUCCAGUCCUUCCAGGCUGUGCUGUUUGCAGCCUUGGGUUGGUUUCUGAGGCAGACUACUUUAGUCACCAGCUUUCCUGUGUCUGGUAGGUUUGCUGCUUCCUUGGUUAGCUAAUGAAUAGACAUUGUUCAUUCAUUUUUAACUCUUUCUCUGCAGAUAAUGUCCUCUGCCGGUGAUGGGGAUCGGACUGGGCGCAAGACGUCAUCCAAGCGCAAGCAUUUGGCGUGUAGGGAUUGUGACACCCCUCUAGCGGACUCCUAUGAAUUUAAUAGGUGUCCCUCUUGCCGUCCUCCUCCUCUGCCUCCUGAUACGGAGCCUACCAUACGGGACGUAGUAGUCUGGGUAAAGGACUUUGUGGAGUCCUCAAUGAACACCCUAAGGGAUUCCGUGUCAUCCAGAAGACCCAGUGUCCGAUCUCCUCUGAGACCCACUCCUAUGCAGGAGGAAGCCUACCAUACCGUGGACGAAGUCCAUUCCUCUGAGUCUAGCGGGGAGGAAGAAGAGGCUGGAAGAGCUCCUGCGACUGUCAAGGCCUACGCCAGGGUAAAGCGCAUUUUUCUUCUAUGGUGUGCAUCUCAUCAAGUACCAUCUCAGGAUCCUCCAGUAUCAGCUAUUCUUCAGUUCAUGCAGGAUGGACUAGAUAAGGGCCUCAGCCCUUCUACACUCAAGGUACAGAUCUCUGCUCUGUCAGCCGCCUUUGGCAGAUCUUUACAUCAAGACCCUCUGAUUAAGAGGUUCCUUAAAGGAGCCGUACGUCUUAAGCCUAGCAUUUCAAGACCUAUACCGCAGUGGGAUCUCUCAGUGGUGCUUAAAGGGUUGAGUGGUCCUCCCUUUGAACCCUUGGAAGAAGUGGACUUUAAGUUUUUAUCCUGGAAGGUAACCUUUUUGUUGGCCGUAACUUCGGCCAAACGCAUUUCAGAGCUUCAGGCUUUUUCGGCGUAUGAGCCAUACACUUUAUUUUUACCGGACAGAGUCCUUUUACGUUUUUUACCCACCUUUUUGCCUAAGGUGCCCUCUGUGCACAACAUUAAUCAAGUUGUGUCUUUGCCUGUGUUAUGUUCCUCUGCAGAAGAAACUUCCCUCCAUACUCUGGAUGUGGCCAGAUGUUUGAGAAUCUACAUUGAGAGAUCCCGGGAGUUCAGAAGGUCAGAGAAUCUUCUUAUCCUGUUCUUUGGCAGGAAUAAAGGGAAGAAGGCCUCUAAGCCUACUCUAAGUAGAUGGAUCAGAGAGGCCAUCAGAGAAUCUUUCGCUUCCCAGAAUAGACCUCCUCCUGCCUUUGUCACUGCUCACUCCACCCGAGCAGUCUCUACUAGUUGGGCCGAAAGGUCUCUUAUUCCACUGGAACAGAUCUGUUCCGCGGCCUCCUGGAGCUCACAUUCUACCUUUGUGAGCCAUUAUAGACUCAACCUCAGGGGAUCAGAAGACACUGCCUUUGGGCGGUCUGUUUUGAAUUCCAUUCAGCAUUGAAGUCCCUACCCUUUAGGCUAACUUCUUGCUAAGUCCCCACAUGUGCUGCUGGUUAGGACGUAAGGGAAGCGUUAAUUUCUUAACGAUAAUUUGUUUUCCCUUAGUCCUAACAGCAGCA